AUGGGCGAUGCAAUGGCACAGCUGCGGGCAGCAGACGUCGGCUCCGAAAUCAUGACGCCGUUUGGCGCCCGAGCGCUCGUGGACGCCGACUACGUGGCGUCGGGGCGGCCCGUCGCCUCGAUUGAAGACACGAUCUCGCGCACCAUCCUGCCGUUUUACGCCAACACGCACACGGAUACGUCGCACUGCGGACACCAAAUGAAUCACUGGCGCGCCGAGGCCCGCGCGUCGAUUGCAUCGGCCGUUGGCGGCGACCCGUCCCAAGACGUUGUACUCUUUACGGGCACGGGCUGCACGGGCGCGAUUCAGCUGCUCGUUGGACGUCUUCGCCGACUCUACAAGCUGCGCAAGGCUGUUGUGUUCCUGGGGCCCUACGAGCACCACUCGAACGACUUGGUGUGGCGCGAAACGGGCGCGACGAUCGUUCGCAUUCGACCGGGCGCCAAUGGCGGUGUCGAUCUCGAACACUUGGAAGACGAGCUCGCGCGCUAUCGGCUACGCGCACUGCUCAUCGGCACCUUCUCUGUCGCGUCCAACAUCACUGGCAUUACGACGGCGACGGUAUCCGUGACGCGGCUUCUCAAGGCCUACGGCGCCCUUGCGUUCUGGGACUAUGCGGCCGGCGCCCCGUACCUGAGCGUGGACAUGCACGAGGGCGGGGUGGCGAAGGACGCAAUCUUCUUUUCGAUGCACAAGUUUAUGGGCGGCCCGGGCGCCCCGGGCAUCCUCCGCACUCGUCGCUGGGCCGCCUCCAAGUCGGCUCGAUGGAACGACGUCCCCGUGUACCCGGGCGGUGGCACCGUCCGCCUCGUGUCGCACCAAAUGCACGAGUACACCGAGACGAUCGAGGAGAGGGAAGAAGGGGGCACCCCGGACAUUGUCGGCGCGCUCCGGGCCGCCCUCGCCUUUCAGCUCAAAGCGAGUCUCGGCGACCUUGGCCACCUCGAGCAGGCUACUGCUGCGCGCGUCACCGCGGCGCUGCAGGUCCAUCCGUGCAUCGUCUUACUCGGCGAUCCAGCGGCGCCCCGCCUCCCGACGUUUUCAUUUUUGAUUCGACGCGGGUCGCUCUUCUUACACCCCAACUUUGUCUCGCGCCUCUUGAGCGACCUCUUUGGCAUCCAAACACGCAGCGGCUGCGCCUGCGCUGGACCCUACGGCGCGCACUUGCUUGGCAUUUCCGACGAGAUGGCGGCGGUGCUUUUCUCGCUCGAGCACCGGGGCGCCGGCGCCGUCAAGCCGGGCUUCACCCGCUUCAGCGUACCCGCGUUCUGGAGCCGCGAGCGUGAACAGUUUGUUGUCGACGCCACUUUGUUUGUCGCAUCGCACGGCUGGCGCUUCUUGGCGCUCUACGAUCUGAGUUUGUCCUCCGGCGUCGUCACCAGUCGCUUGGCCACGCCUCUGUUGACGACGUGGAGCGACGUUGUGAACGGCAGUGCUGCCGUCAACACCCCGAUGACGAAUGCCAACGGCGCCACGGUACUGGCCCAAGCCACAGCCAUGCUGAGCGACCUUGAAGUGACGUCACCGCGGGGGCUCCCCGACGACGAGCCUGUCGCUGCGCUGCACUCGCUCGUGGGCUGCACCGCCAAGGACGUCGGCGCCUUUUGCUGGUUCCUGACGCCUUUCGAUGUUGCGCACCAAGGUGGUAGCUUGACGACGGACCGCUGCAGUGUUCUGCGACCGCUGUUCAACGCCGCCAAACUGCGCGACUGGACACCAGCACUCUCGCGAGACGCGCUGCGUCGGCUGCAAAAGACUCUGUACGUCAAGCCGAGCAGCGUCCACGCGGUUGACGGUCCCCGUCUCGUACACAAACUGCUCGGCUUCAAGUAACAAGAGCGUGACGAUUCACGGAAGGUAGUAGUACUGCUGGAGCUCGGGCCGUGCGUGCUGGUCUUUCGUAAUGUAAUCGAUGAGGAAGCCUGGCUUGACAAGCGGCACCUUCUUCUCCAAAAG